UACAUUUUUAUUUCUACAAGUACAUGUAUAAUAUAUGCAGGCUUAGCUGACAUCAAUGACAUGCUACUAUAUAGAAAGCCACUUAUUAUGCAGAGCAUUUCGAGCAAAUUAGGUUAGUUUUGUCCUAGGAUGCGACGCAUACCAGUCGACUAACACCCAGGUACCAAUUAUUACUGAUGGGUGAACAUCGACAACCGGUGUGCGGAAACACGACCAAUGUAUAUAACCUUUGGCGGAAAUCGAACCCGGACCCUCACCGUGUGAUGCGAGAGCUUUUGCCACCGUGGCCUCGUUCGAAAUCAAUCAUAAAUCUUCUUUCCAGUUUUUCCAAAAGGUUACAACCAAAGUGACCAUGGAAGGGAGGAGCGACAGAAUUAGAAAGUUUUCUCACUGGGUAUAUAAAUCUCAGCAUCUCGCAGUCAACCCACUAAAGUCGUCGAGACUAUAUCUUCUUCAACAUGAAAUUUGUGAGUACCUAUUUAUCAUGUAUUCACCUGUCAGGUAUCUACUUCACUGUUAUACAAUAGAUCUUAAACGUACAGCCCCUGACGUUCAUAAAGCUCACAUUAUAACCUGCUUAAUGUGUUUCAUGUGGUUGCAGUUGGCUCUGGUGUUCGCGGUGCUGGUGAUGGUCCUCGUAGGGACAGCCCAGGCUGAUCCUGACCCACAAUUGAGAGGAUUUGGUCAUGGCGGUGGAUUUGGACAUGGCGGUGGAUUUGGACAUGGCGGUGGAUUUGGUGGUGGCUUUGGACAUCGUGGUGGAUUCGGACAUCGCGGUCGAUUCGGACAUCGCGGUCGAUUCGGACAUCACGGUGGAAUUGGUCAUCUCGGAUUGGCUCUGGUGUUCGCGGUGCUGGUGAUGGUCCUCGUAGGGACAGCCCAGGCUGAUCCUGAACCACAAUUGAGAGGAUUUGGUCAUGGCGGUGGAUUUGGACAUGGCGGUGGAUUUGGACAUGGCGGUGGAUUUGGUGGUGGCUUUGGACAUCGUGGUGGAUUCGGACAUCGCGGUCGAUUCGGACAUCGCGGUCGAUUCGGACAUCACGGUGGAAUUGGUCAUCUCGGAUAAACAAAUCUUUCCCUUCUUCUUAAUCACAUCCAACGUGAAGAUCCUGCCAUGGAUGAAAACACACGAAAAUAUGUAUAAUCAGUGAAUCGAAAAUUUAUAAGUAUCAUAAACAGAAGAACACAACGCCAACGAACUUGCCGUUCUGAAACAAGAACGAGACUUUGUCUGCUGGAAUGAACGCAGACAACUACUGGAACUCACCCAAUACCUCAAACUCAACCCGUACUUCCCCCAACAACAGCAUUUUGAACCUUACCAACCUCCAUCAUGAUUACGGCGCCAAGGAUA